AUGCAAGAGCUCACAGUAACAAUAUAUCCUUAACUUUGAGGUGUUAUUGAGUCAACGUGAAUUUAAAAUAAUUUUCCGCAUGAAUAUUAUUAACAUUCAGCAUGUUUUCGACAUCACGUACUGUUAAAUCUGUUAUUGGAAAACUUAGUAUGAUACUCGGAGCUUUGUUAACAUUACCCUCAGCGAGUUGCGAAAUAGAUACGAAUGCUGAGAUGAUUUGUGACAUUUCCGGAAUUAAAGAACCACAAACUGUUUAUUUUACACAUGCAAGGACUCAACUAAUUGAAGUGCAGCCCGCUGGAAAAUCAUGUCCUACAAAAAUUAAGGAAGAAUCACCGAAUAUAAAGUGCGGUUGCAACCAUAAGAAGCACGCAUUUUGUAAUAUUUCGCUAAGACAAAAUGCACAUGACUGCGAUAGUUGGAUGUGUUCAGCAAGUAUAGACGGGAUUUUGAAGAAAAGCGAAUUUGUUCAGCUAUGUUUAGGAGACGAUGACAGUAUGCAACGAAAACAACCGACUGUUAAAUGUGCGGGUUUUCUGCUUAAACCCAAUGUUACACACUGGAUUUUAGAAGACUGGAUAUUGAAAAGCAAUAGUGACAUGAUUAAAAUUGUGAAAGUAGGGAUUCAUAACAUUAGUGGAACUUACCUCCCUAGAGAAAACAAUGGUUCAAUUGUUGUGUGCAAACUAGAAGAAGAAAACCAAGCUAAAUGGGUUAUUACAAUUAUAUAUCCUUUUACAGCACGCUCUUUUGAACAUAUAUCCAAUCAUACACCGACUAAUCGCUCGUGUAGCACUGGCAACCCGACCAUCACAGGAAUAAUUGAAGAGUACUUGUCUACUGAAUGUCCUUCAAUAAUUAUCAACUCCACUGUCAACGUUACGUUUUGCGAUGCUGUCAAUCGAGAUGAAAUGGGAGCAAGACAAUUUGUAGGACAUAUGAAUGGGUCAUUCAAAUUAGAUAUUCUAAAUCCAGCAGCCGUGCGCACAUUUUACAUAGAAGAAUUUAGAGAUUAUACGAAUAUCACUCUGAAUGAAUCACGGCGUCUUACGUUCAUAUGUAUCGGUGAAGGCAAUCCUCCACCUACAUUGGCACUAGUGUCGAAAUCUUUAUUUGUUAACACCAGCCAUUCACAAUUGCAACACACAAUAGAGUUUUCCUCGAGUAAAGGUACCGAUACUUACCUGUGUAUCGCUUUUAAUGGCAUUGGGAACGAUAGUAAAUCAAUUUAUGUUGAUGCUUUCAUUUCCACAGGUGAAGAUGGUUUCUUUUCAAGUAUCAUUAUUCUAUGUGUUGGGAGUUGCAUACUUUUAGUAAUUGUUGUAGUGUGUCUGUUAAGAAGUCGAGGAAAAAUUUGCAAGAUUGUGCAUGUUACAGAAGCGAUACUUGAAGUAGAUACGGUAGAAGCAGCGAAUCGAGCAUGCAGAUCUAGUCACAAUAAUGAUUUCAACUUUGAGGAAGACACUUCACAAAAUAAUACACAUAAUGGAGUAAAAUCACCGACUGAGUGUGCUCUUAAAACUCGCGGAUUUUGUAAUGAAACGUAUUCCGAAUAUAACCCUAGAAAGAGAAAGGAUUAUACAAUGGAUGGAAACGAUCAUAAAGAAAAGCCUGAAAAAACAACUUCAGUAAGUGAUGCAAUCCGUGGAUUCUGUAAUGAUGCAUAUGCUGAUUGGACCAAGCCUUCAACAUCAUGGCAUGGCAAUGCACAGCAAAAAUUUACAGGCAACAUUGAACACGAACAAGGUGAUCAAAGAAGGCAAAAUCCCAUAGAAUUGAGAGUCUGUACGUACGGUGUCGUCACCAGAACGCGCAAUCAAAUAGAUUAUGAUACAAAAGACUCCGUUAGUUGUAAACCAAACACAACCAAACGGAAGGAAGACUGUAUUUACAGCAUGGCGAAGAAACUCAAUGAUGAAGAUUCAGCGGUCUGACAAUCUUUUGAAUCCAGCGCGUAUUCUGACAUGGGUGAAUUUUUAACUGCAAUACGUUUAAUUGUGUGAGUUAUUAUGGAGUGAUUUGUUCGCAGAUCUACAUAUGUCUUGUUUUUCUCUACAUUAUAGCUACAUCGACUUGUAGACACAAACAUAACGGAGACAUUUGCGCAAGGAUAAUUGUUGCUGCUGUUAUUAGUUUUCCUACUGGACUCGAGUAAAAUACAACGCCAAGUAUGAAUACUUGCUAUGAUAUAAGAAGGAGCUCUUGAGAUGUAUAUAGAUUUAUAUGUUUGUAUAUUUCUUAUAAAUGUAUUAUAGAAACACACAAGCAUUUCAUGAAAACGUUUUUCAUCAGAGACGCCCGUAUUAGACACAUUUUAUUAAUUACCUUUGUUUUAAAUGUUUUAAAGUAGAUGUGGUCACGUAUAUUGAUUACAUAUUAUGCGCUAAAUUGUCACUACGAAAAGUUAAUUGUCCGCUUAAGAUAUGUUUUUUUGUGUUAUUUUUUAAAACUAAUAUCGCUUUUGGUUGUAAGUGUGUUGCAGUAAAAAGUGUAUGUUUUUAGUUUGAUGUUUGUACUAACCAACACUAUUCCUUGAUAGUUGAUUUACACGUUCUCAAUGCACACACAUCCGUCAGUAACGUACUACUGCCCUACUCGAUUCAGAGGUAGAGGAUAAUGGCCGUAGAUGAAAUUUCAUGACGAUUCCCCUAACAUUUAGUAUUUUGACCAGAGAUCGACUACAUACCAAUCCUCUUAUAUGCCAUAAAGCGCUUUUCCAACUGAGCUAACCGGCAAGGCCGUUGCAGUUGAACAUGACCAGAAAGUUUAUGCACAAGAUAAUAAAACACCUUACAUUUUUAUUCAUACUUUUGGUUACUUGAAAUCACAACUAAUCGAUGUUCGUGUUUUAACAAAUGUCUCAUUAAUCUUAUUUGCAUUGCGUUCUUAUCUUAACAUAUUUUAAUACCAAACAGGAUAGUUAUUAUUUUUUAGAACUUGUUUUACUACGGCUAAUGUUACAGGGGAAUUCUACAAGCAUGAGAAAUAGCUUAAAUAAUAACAAUUAGUAUAAAAGUGUUACUUUGAAUGCCUGCAUAUAUAAGACAUAAAAUUUUUCUGUUGGAUAAGUAGUUAUAAUGUACCAUUGUGGUGUUUUGAUUAGCUGUACAUGUUGGGUCUUACAAGGAUGCAUGUCAGUAAAAUAUGCUAUAAAUGCUAAAUACGGCAAGGGUUAACAAACGACUGGUAUUACACGACUUUAUCUCCUGUUAAUGUUUGUGGACUUUCAUUAAUUUCUAGAGGUUGUAUUUCAGAGACGUUUGUAUGACCGUUUGGUACAAUAAAUAAUACCAUAUUU